AUGAAGAUCACUGUAAUGACGACUGACGAACAAAUCGUCACUCUCGAUGUGGAUCGUGACGAAUCUGUAGAGAACCUGAAAGCUCUGCUGGAAGUUGAGACACAAGUGCCUCUGCAACAGCAACAGCUUCUGUACAAUGGGAAGGAAAUGAGGAAUUCUGACAAACUGAGUGCUGUAGGCGUUGGUGAUGGUGAUUUGGUAAUGAUGGUGUCUAGUGCAGCAUCCCAGUCUAGUGCCCCUGCAAAUGACUUGAGCUUCAAACAAGAUGGAUCUGCAGUAAAUCCUUCAGCUUUCCAACAACACUUGCGAAAUGAUUCAAAUUUGAUGGCCCAACUUUUUCAGAAUGAUCCUGAGUUAGCACAAGCUGUCCUUGGGAAUGACCUAAAUAGGCUACAAGAGCUUCUACGUUUGCGUCAUCAGCAUAAAUCAGAGCUACGGCGUCGUCAAGAAGAGGAGAUGGCACUGCUGUAUGCUGAUCCAUUCGAUGUCGAGGCACAAAGGAAAAUUGAAGAGCAAAUUCGCCAGAAAGGAAUUGAAGAAAAUUGGGCAGCUGCACUAGAACACAAUCCUGAAGCUUUUGGAACUGUGGUUAUGUUAUAUGUUGACAUGGAAGUAAAUGGUCAUCCUCUAAAGGCUUUCGUGGAUAGUGGAGCUCAGUCAACAAUUAUAUCUAAAAGCUGUGCAGAACGUUGUGGAUUGUGGAGAUUAUUAGAUACACGCUACAAGGGAAUUGCUCGUGGAGUUGGUCAAACAGAGAUACUAGGUCGUAUUCAUGUUGCUCCAAUCAAGAUUGGAAAAAUCUUCUACCCUUGUUCUUUUGUGGUGCUGGAUUCUCCCAAUAUGGAAUUUCUCUUUGGACUUGAUAUGCUUCGCAAGCACCAGUGCAUGAUUGAUCUGAAGGACAAUGUUCUGAGAGUUGGCGGAGGAGAGGUUGCUGUACCAUUUCUACAUGAGAAGGAUAUUCCCAGUCAUUUUCUCGAUGAGAGGAAGGCCGAGGCUUCGAGCUCAGGAGCCCAGGCAACAUCAGGAGCAACGGGGAAGACUGAUCCUACAAAAGGAAGUCCUUCUGGAAGUGCCGGUGGGAACUUAACACAGGGACCUGAAUUUGAAGCCAAAGUUGCAAAGCUUGUUGAGUUAGGCUUUGGAAGGGAGGCAGUAGUACAAGCUCUCAAGUUUUUUGAUGGUAACGAAGAACAAGCUGCCGGAUAUCUAUUUGGGGGUUGA